UGUGACAGUUGAUUUGACCUUGGCUCCUUUUUGAAAGAGGCUGGAGAGAACAGGACACUGCUCAGGAUCCUACAAAUUACAACGCGUUAUAUAUAUUCUCGUCCGUCUGUUUGAGUCUUCAGGGCCUCUUCUACUGCAGUCGGGUUUGCUCGACCGCGAUAAGUAAGUGGGGCACUGAUUGUUCCAGCAUUUGUGAAGACAAGCUCUUGACGUCAACUGGACAGUACCAGUGCAUUUAGCCAGCUUAUACGGACCGUCUAAAUACAGCCAUUCGAAUCACUUCAUAUCAGGGACCGUGUCGUCGAGAACCAUGAUCGUCGCUCCCUCAUGAACCUACGUGUGCGCUAGGGAGAACACCGGGCGAUGCGGGGUUUGAGUUGCGUCAUGACCUGAAUCGGUCCUUGUGAGAUGAUGUUUUCUUCUCUGCCAGCCCCAAAACCUCGACUGGAGUCGCUUCCGAACGAGCUCCUAGAUCAGAUUCUUUCCUACUUGGUGACGGAACCUCCGUCGUCUACGCGAUUUCAUGCCACGCCUAGCGCACAGGUCGUUCGGUCCGAGACGAGGGACCUGAAGAACUUCUCGCUAGUUUCCUCUCGAUUGCUGGCGACUGUUCGACCGUAUCUCUUCACCCACGUCUGUUUUGACCUUGGGUACGAAGCGAGCGUUGCCUCCUUUAUCGAACAAUGGGGUCUUGCCCGGUAUGUUGUGUCCUUGGUGGUGACGGUGAGCGCUCCGUCUACCCGAGGCGAUCCCCUCUGGUGGCAGCGGGUGCUUCGGUAUCUCGACCCUCAACGCAUUCUGGUGGUUGCAGCCCCCCAGCUUCUUGGGAAAAUGCUUGGUGCUGAGGUUCUGGAGACACAUGGCUGGGCGUUUGACAUCCCUCUGCAGGCGUUGCAGCUGGAGAAAAACCACCGUGUCAGCGAUCCGAGCCUUCUUGCACCCCUUGAUCCUCAGAGGAACCUCCUUUCAGCAAGACCAUGGGAAUCCCUGUCCUUCAACGAGUCUUCGUCUCUCAAGGCGUAUAACCAUUACGAAUACUUUCUUCUCAACGUGCCCUCUGCGUUUGACCGAUGGGCUGCUCUCAGUAGCAGUACCUCUCUGGCCGCCCCACAGGACUUGGCGGCGGCACUCUCACUGCAUCGGCUGACCAGAUUCUCCUAUACGGCCGUGUUCCCCUUCUACAACCAUGUCGGCUUGGUCCUCGAGGUGGUAAAGAUGAUGAGCAGUUUACGGUCUUUUGCCGUCCAACUAGCACCGGGGCGAAACGACAACAUUAUUGAAAUCGAACAGCGAGGCUCCUUGGACCCCAGUGAUCCGUGGAUGGAGCUAUAUACCGGAUACUCUCUUAUUGCGCAUGUGGUGCGAGAACGUUGGCACAAGGGUCACUUGAGGAGAUUCGAAUCCCGCGAUUUUGCCAUCGAGGCUCUCCAGGAGGAGCUGUCUGUCAUCCUAGUGGACGUUUUAGAGCAAGACGGAUGGGUUCAUGACGGCAAUGGAGCAUGGAGCAAACAGUCUCGCAUUAUAUAGAAAAAAAUACUCCAUUUCCCAAUCAAUUUGCAAUCCAAAUCAAUGAUAUAGAAUAAAUUAACUCAUCUCAAAC